AUGGAUCUUUCUCAAACAUUUAAUGAUGCAUUUCAGAUUGAUCUGAAUAAUGCAUUAGCACUCGAUAGCCAUGAAGAAACUUUUCAACAAUAUUUUUUGGAUAUAAUAUUGGAUGUGGAUCAAUAUUUUGACAAUUCGAUUUUCCUAA